UUACAUCGAAUGUUUUGGAGAUCCAGAUCAUCACAUUUCAGAUGCCUUAGAAACUAUCGUAGCUGGACUGGGAAUUUCUGUGAAAAACCAACCUCUAUGGAUGAGUUCCAGAAGAAAUCCAGCCAAAAGCAUGAUACAAGUUCCCGAAAAGUAAGAUUCAAAAUUUCCUCAUCCUACAGUGGUCGAGUCUUAAAACAAAUGUAUGAAGAUGGGCAAGAGCUUGAAAUCCCAGCAGAAGACUACUCUCAUAAUUGUCAGUCCUGGAAUUUUGAACCCCGAGACAAUUUAUUGGGGAUUAAAGAAAACCCAGAUCACAGCUUUUAUCCAUCAGCUAAACUGAAUGCCCAGAGGAUCAGUGUAUUCAGAGAAGGGAACAAAUACACUGUCACAAGUAGCUCUUCCCUUCUAAAUGAUGACAAGGCGGAUGGUCUUCAUCCCCGCAUUUUAGAUUUUGGGAGGAUUAUAAUUUAUACCAGUAAUCUAAAAAUAAUCCGGACACCCCUGAGCAAGAAAGAGCUAAUGGAAAGAAUCAUGCAAAAUGAAGGUGUUGAUGAUAGCUCCUUCAUGAACUCUGAAGAAAAAGGAGGAAGUAGCAGUGUUCAAAGCAAUGGAAACAUAAACAGUGAUGCAACUGAAUCAGGCCACAACCAACAAAUAAAGGUUUGUGUGAACUGAUACAAAGGAAAAUUGUUUAAUCAAGCCUUUGUAUUUCAGGAAGGCAACGAGAACAGCUGCUCACAGUGUAAAGGAUCAGGCUCUGCCCCCUGUGUUGUGUGUCAUGGAAGCAAGCUUUCAAUGUUGGCUAAUCGGUUUAAAGAGUCAUACAGAGCUCUGCGAUGUCCUGCCUGUAAUGAAAACGGGCAGCAGCCCUGCCAGAUUUGUGUUUUGUGACUCUAUCUGUUCUGUAAUU